CCCUUUUCAAUUUCCCGAAGUCCGAAUGGAUUAGUUUAGACCUCUUAUCUAUUACUGAUUUUCUUUUUUACGUUUGGUUUGCCGAAUGGACGAAUACUCAUACCCGCCGUCCCAACAGAAUAUAUACUUCAAAGUCUUACCCCAUUUGUACUAGAACUACCAAGAAUAAUCCUCAUCCACGAGUUCGAGCCCGUCUCGGGAAAGCGCAGCAGGGUUUAAACUGGAUGAACUUGCCUGUCUAGCCUAAGAAACCGCCCACCCUCAUCCCAUCUUCUUCUUGUGCUUGCAGCCACCAAAAACGCGCGAUUCACAUGUGUUCAUCUCUUGGUCCGGUGCUCAAACGAUGCAUACUACAAGGAAAUAUUGUGGAGAAGAGUGCGGGGGGCUCGCUGCUUUCCGUGACAAUCGGGGAAGCUUGUUAACUUUGUAUGCUGUACAGGGGAGUAGAGGGUUCAUCCACUUGAAAUCGGUCCUUUCCGCUUAUAACAAGAAAUGCUGGUUCAAGUGACACAAUUCCAACAAACUUGAGCCCUCGUCAAGCCGAUGCUUUUCCCCCCGCAUCUUUAUUGAAGUGUGGAGCCCAAAAAAAAACUGCGCCUUGGGUAGAUGUGUGCUUCCCUUGGUCCAGAAUAUGCGGAGUAGAAAGGCUGCUUGUGCGGGUUUGAAAGAGGGAAGCUUUGAGGGAUCUUCAUGCUUUCUUGUCCCCCUUUGAACUACAUCAGACGAUGUCUUGCUCGGCACUUCGGUGCGAGCGUCGGCUAGAUGCUCAUAAAAUAUUUCUCAUUUCCCCAAGAGCAAAAAAAAAAGAGCGAUUCGCCAUUCCCUUUGCUUAUAUUUUCUUACAAACAAAAACACGGUUCCUUCCUAUAGUGGUUAUCUACAAAGUAUAUAUUCAAACCUCCAACCUCGUCUGACCACUUCCCAGCAGAGGAGGUUUUGCCAUCAUCUCAUCUCCCUAUAGCUUUUUAUCAUCCCUCCCUCUCUCUGCUCAUAUUUCUCUAUCUCUCUUUUUAUUUCUCACCACCACUCGCUGCCACAUUCUUCACCCCGACCCUAAACUACUUCUGAACAUCCCGAGACAAGAUGCCGGAAAUCCCAACAGAACAGUGGGCGCAAGUUAUUGAGAAGACUGGCGGGCCCUCCGUCUACAAGAAAAUCCCCGUGUCCAAGCCCGGUCCCGAUGAGGUCCUCGUCAACAUCAAGUACUCCGGCGUGUGCCACACGGACCUGCACGCCAUGAACGGUGACUGGCCGAUCCCGACCAGGAUCCCGUUCGUGGGCGGGCACGAGGGCGCCGGCGUCGUGGUGGCACGCGGCGAGCUGGUCAACGACGUCGAGAUUGGGGACCACGUCGGCAUCAAGUGGAUCAACGGCAGCUGCCAAAACUGCGACUUUUGCCGGUCGGCCAACGAGAUGCUCUGCCCCAAGGCCACGCUGUCGGGCUACACGGUCGACGGCUCGUUUCAGCAGUACGCCAUCGCCAAGGCCACCCUCGUCGCCCGCCUUCCCAAGGAGGUCAGCCUCGAGGCCAUCGCCCCGGUCCUGUGCGCGGGCAUCACCGUCUACAAGGGCCUCAAGGAGACGGGAGCGCGCGCGGGCCAGUUCGUCGCCGUCGUGGGCGCCGGCGGCGGCCUGGGCUCCAUGGCGCUGCAGUACGCCCGCGCCAUGGGCCUGCGCGUCAUCGCCAUCGACUCGGGCGAUGAGAAGCGCAAGACGUGCCUCGAGGACCUCGGCGCCGCCGCCUUUGUCGACUUUGCCACCUCGGCCGACGUCGUGGCCGACGUGCGCAAGGCCACCCCCGACGGCCUCGGUCCCCACGCCGCCUUGCUGCUGGCCGUGACGUCGCGGCCGUUCCAGCAGGCCGCCGAGUACAUUCGGCCCAAGGGCACCGUGGUGUGCAUCGGUCUGCCUUCCGGCGCCAAGAUUCAGGCCGACGUUCUUGAUAUGGUGGUGCGCUUAAUCACCAUCAAGGGCAGCUACGUCGGCAACCGACAGGACACGGCCGAGGCUGUGGACUUUUUCGCGCGCGGGUUGAUCAAGGCGCCGUAUAAGACUGUGGGGCUUAGUGAGUUGGGCAAGGUUUUUGAGCUGUUGGAGCAGGGCAAGGUCGUCGGGAGGUAUGUGCUGGAUACGAGCAAGUGAUUCAUUUUGUAUGAGUGGGUGUUAUGGGAUUUUAUCAUCGGUGCAUAAGGACCAGGUCGGUUACAGGACUGGUGUCUCGGCGUAAGAUGAAAGAAGUCGGCGAAUAUGUUAGGGCCAGCCGGCUAGGACUUGGUAGGCUUGAGUGGGUUUCGGUGAGAAUUGGGAGCUGCAUCGAGUAUUAUUUGCACGGAAAGUGGUUGACUUGCUUUGUUCUCUUCUUUUUGUGAUAUGAACAAGUCUGAAAACGAGUACAAGAUAUUCCUUCCGGGAUCGAAUUUAUGCUUCACUUCGAAGCAAAUGAUAGAAGAUGCAGAUGAGCAUUUGAUGAAGAGUCUAGUAAAGAAAUAGGAAAUUGAUAUUAACACACAGGCCGUUCGUGCCAAGCAGCCUAGACCAGCUCUGGCUAUGAGGCUACUGUCAUUUAAGUAGACAUUGGAGCGUCAACACCGUCGUCCACCCUAGUCAGCACCGCCACGCCCUCGACAUGGCUUGUUUGGGGGAACAAAUCAAAACCACGGACGCUUUCGAUCUUAUACCGAGCACCACCGACAGGAGCCGGUUGACCAUCAACAUAGCCGCGGACCAAGAUGCCAACAUCCCGAGCCUGGGUAUGUACAUUGCAGCUGACAUAGACCAACCUCUGCGGUUUGAAGACAAGCAGCUGGGUCAGGAAUGAUAUAUCGCAACCUUUUCGUGGAGGGUCGAUAACCACGGCUGUCUCGUCCGGAUUGAAACCUUUGAGCUUCUGGAACAGCUUCGGUGCGUCGGCUUCAAUAAACUCGCACUUUCCGUCAGGGUAGUCGUUCAGCUUAGCAUUCAGGCCUGCUCUCUGAAUAGCCUGGCCAUCAAUGUCGAUGCCGAUGGUACGGCCGUUGACCUGGUCGGACAUGAACAGAGGAGCGCACGUGAUUGAAAACAGACCUGAGCCACAGUAGGCGUCGAUAAGAUUGACAAUGGAAGGCUUUCCCUCGCUAUUGUCGUAUGAGAUGGCAUUCUCGCGGACAUAGUUGGUGAGGGAGGGCAGGAUCGAGUUGUUGUUUUGAAAGAACGAGGAGGCCUUGUUCUUGAACACGAAGUUGUCGACAUAUUCGGUUGCCAACUGACUGCCUUCGCUGACACAUGACUUGAUGUCGACGUAAUCAUCCGUUUCGACCCUGACCUGAUCAUCACCAAUUGAUGUUGGUAUUGGCACCUCGGAAACUUCCUUCUUGUAGAACCUCUCAGUGCUCUCACGGAGUAGAAUGGUUGCGCCGUUAGAAUAGGUGUCGAAUUUGGAGGCUACAAUCGCGCGUUCCCGCUUCAUGCCUUUGUUGACAACCUCAGUGCCGAUAGGACAGUCUUCAAUGUCAAGCACAGUCUUCCUACCCUUCAGCAUAAAGCCGAUGGGUGGAACUUCUUGGUGUCGAACUGGUGGGCCAUGUUUUCUCCUGGCACCCGGCGGCAUGCCAAAAUGAGGCGUGAGCUUGGUGCGGUAGCCGUAUUGUAGAGGGCUACCUAUAGUCUCCCCGGCAGCUGGGAUGAGCUCAGGAGGCAGAUCUGAAAAGUUUUUGAACGCCUUCUCAACGACUUUGCGUUUGUGGGCGAGUUGAUCUUCGUAAGACAUUGGCUGAAAUUGACAUCCAGCGCAGCGUGAGAAAUGGGGGCAGAUGACCCUCUUGUCGUCGCGUUGCGGUGACGGCGUCACAAUCGAUACAAGGUCGACCGCGCUGUGCGUCUUUUCGUGACGGAAAACCUUGACUUUGGCGACAUCGCCCGGCACUACAAAUGACAGCACGUAUAUCUGGUUCGAGCCUUCUUGGACAGCCAGCCCAUCACCAGUGGACGACAGCUCCAAAACCUUGACUUCAAUCUCAGUGCCAGGUUCUGGAAGCGCAGGCGCCUUGGCGCCCUCGGCAUUCUGACUCUCAGUGACUGUCUCUGCUGCGCCUGGCGCUGCUUGUUCACCGUCUCUGGCGACAUCACCCAGUGUCAACCUGGCCAUCAAGUCCUUAAGAUCAUGUGCUAGGACAUCGUCAUGCGUGCCCUCAACCACGGUAAGCAAGCCUUUCCGCCUGAGCUUGGCCCUUUCUCUCUUUGACAAGUUGAACUGGGCCACGCCCUCUGGUACUGGGGACGGCUCCUUCCGCUUCCUAUUCCAGCGUUGUGAUUGUUGCUGUUGUUGCUGGUGUUUCUGUGGUUUCCGUUGUUGCUUUCCUCCAUUUUUGGGCCCAUUUUGCUUGUCUACUUCUGUAGUAAGCUUCUUCCAG